AGACUAUCCAUAGUAUUUUUCCGCAGUAGAGUACCGGAACGAAGCAGUUGUAACAUGUGGUCGAAAUAUAUACACUGACCCUGGACUUUCUUGAUCCUUUUGCCACCUGCCGCUCUCCUAUACUACUAAAGAUGACUUUUCCGCUCGUGCCAAUGUAGUCGUGCACUUCUGAGUCAAGCUUCUACUAGCGAAGAAGAUGGACAUCUUCUACAGCAACACGCCAGGCGGCGCGGCCGCGUCGCGCGUGUCUGCCUAUCCAGGCGCUGCGCAGUUACAGCACACUCGCAAAGCACGGCAACAGGGGCAGAAGACACUACGAGACCAGUUUGAGGAGACGGUAGAACGUUUGUCGAAAGAGAAUCGUGAAUUACUCCGUAAAACCGUGGAGGACAUCAAGAUCCACGCGCGUGAAAUGAACCAGAUUCGGGCCGCAGGUGACGAAGGAGGUCAUGAAGAAGGUGGGAAGACUGGAGGUGGUGGCAAGGCAAUUAGAAAAGGAAAGACAUCAUAUACAAGGGUGCAACAUCAACAUGAUCAACACGUACUUGAGACAGUCAAUAGAGAAGGAGCGCACGCUGCACCAGGUGGGUCUUCAUCUGAUACUAACGGCAAUGCUUCAGAUGAACAAAUUGCAUCUUCUAACGGUACAAAAAGCAGUGGCACAAACAAUGAGCAUGCUAGUACAGGAGGUAGUUGCGAAAGCGGCAGUGGUGCUGGUGCUGAAGGCGGAGUUGAAGGCGGAGUAGAUUCGACUGGGGGUGCUGAGCCCAGACCGGAAACCAGUUCUGGCGACGAAGAUGAUGGUGUGGGUGGACAGCAGAAGACGACAAACGGGACUAGCAAAGGGAGUGUAAACAACAAGAAAGGUGGAAAAGGUGGUAAUCAAGAAGGGACGACAGAAGAGCGUUUGAUCUAUCUUGGUUUUUCUUCUCCUGCGAAGAAACGAGUUGUGCGUAAGAGGAAGCUUACUUCAAAACGCGAUCUAGUGAAUAUUCCAGUGGGUCUGACGCCUGAACUUUUAGCCAACGCAGCGCAGAUCCUGGAGAAAGUGGAGAAUCUCGAAGAUGUGGUCGACGCCAGUCUCUUGGAUCCGAAGCUGCGGGGAAGCAGACAGCCACUAGAGGACUUGCUCUCUUUGGAGAGGAAUAGUCGAGCGGGGUGGAGGCCUAAAGAUUUAGCAAGACGCUCGCUCGGCAACGCAUCUUCUGCGUCAAGUUGUACGACUGCAGGACCGUCAUCAUCGGCUUCUUCGUCUUCCUCGUCUAGUGCUGAUGCUGGUGGAAGUAAGCGAAAAGGGGCGGCUGGAAAUUAUGUGUAUCCUUCAGCUGGAGACGAUUCUCGAAAAAAACGUGGUCAAAAACUCCCAGCAUCGUUGAAAGACACGACUUUUGUCGACGACAACGAGGGAAACAGUGCCAGCGUAGACGAAUCUGCAUCUUCUAGCGCAAGUAGAAGUAGUAGCACAGCUGCUGGGAUGAAUGUCGUCUCAAAGGCUGAAUGCCGUCUCCACAAAAGUUCUAGUAAUAAAGCCUCAGGUGCUGGUCUCUCGCAGAGACAAAGUGCAGGUCUAGGCGUAGGCAAGCGUGGCGGAUCGCGUAACACGUCUGCGCUAGAGGCUCAGCCAUCGACAAAUUUCGACUACCUCGUCAAUUUCGCGUCUUCAGCAAGUGUGCAGAUCUCCAGCGAGAAGAGCGGCGACAAUAAUACUCCGGUCGAUGAUGUGGAACGCGAUCAUGAUGACGAGCAUGGUAUUGUAGAAGAUACAGCCCUUUCGCCAGGAGGUGUUGUUGGCGGAGGUGUUGUUGGCGGAGGUCACAACUUCAGUGCUGCGAAAACGGUAGCGUUUAGUCGAGGGUUACCCGAUGAAGUGGAAGAGGUUGGACAACAGCACACCUCGAAAAAUACUAGGGGAAGUAGUGCAAAAAAAUCUUCUUCUACAAAUUCGCCUGAAAAAGGAAAGGCUUCUUCAUCUCCUAAAGCGAGAAGGACCAACUCGAGUGUGGCUCCCAUCAUCGCCUCCUCUGCAGAAGAAGAUGACGUGAUCCCUCUGCGUCCAAAAGGUCAAGUUCCACGACUCUCGACCGAGCUUCCCCCAGACUUUGACGGGGAUUGGGCACGUAGAAGGGAGAAAGAGCGAGAAGCAGAACGUCUAGCUGAAGAACAAGUGGCCAAAGCAAAACUUGAAAUGGCGGAGAAUGCUGAGUUACAGGCGAAGAUGAAUCUACGACCUCCAGUUGUUCGUGGCCACAAUGGUCCGACUGUUCUAGGAGGUGGCGCAAGUUCUGCUUCCUCUUCAAAGACGAGCAUAGGCGUAGGAGGAGGGGGAUCAACAUCUGUUGGAGGAGGAGCACGUAGAGAAUACAGAGGAGCCGCAAGUGAGCACUUCUCUUGUAGUGACACAGAAGGUGGAGGCCAAGGAGGUGAUCCGCAGGGUGAAUACCAGUUCGGGCAUCCGAAAAUCACAGAUAGCAUGCUCACAAACGCCUAUUUGAUGGCGCGACUGCAAGCAAAAGCGAAGCAGCCACCUGGCAAACGUGCUGUCAUACCACGUCCGAAGUCUAGUCCACCAACUGGCAGUGAUAAUGAAGACUACUGCGGCUCGCGCGCAGGCUCGAGGCCUACCUCUAAAAAAGGGCGUAGCAGUUCUAGGUCAGAGUCGCGGAAAGGAUCGCGUAGUAAGGCAGCUGGAACUUCUGGAGCAAGUGGCAAGAAAAAACAAAGACCAGACUCACAUCGACCGACUUCCAGUCAUGGAGUUGGUGGACCUGAUGGAGCAGGUUUAUUUGGUGGAAACGAUGGCUCAUCUUCAACAUCCCAUGGCCAGCAUGCAAGUAGUGCUUCUACUUCGAAAUCGAAGCGUGCUGGUGGUCCUCUGUUGGGUUCGGGAUUGGUUGGUGGCAAUACUGCUAAUGGAAAUUAUGGAGGUACUAUGCAACAAGCUCGCGAGGCGAGGCAUAGGCAUAGCAGCGUUACCACAGAAUUGAUGGAUGCGGCGAACCGUGCGCCCGUCUUCAUGAUCGACGUCAAUCUACCUGCGAACAAGGAGCAGGCAAAGGCGAGUACUAAACUGAAAAGCAGUAAUGCGAAGAGUGGGAGUAGACCCAGGGGAGACAGCGAUGCAAGUUGUAAUACGAAUGGUGUUGCAGACGAGGCGGGAGGAGGGCGUGGGGUUGAGAAUGGUAACAAUGGCAUCAACGGGCAGGAAGCAGCAGCCAACGACGACACUGUGAGUAAUGUCAGUAGCGAAAUGCAGUGGAGUUGUAAUAGCAGCGACAUCGACCUAGACGAAGCACGUAAAUACGCCAAAGUCUCAGCUAAAGUGGACACUGGUUUACGUGGCCGAACUAAAUUCGGCAAGGGUAUUCCUGGUGCAAGUCCACGAUUGCCCAGUGGCAGUCCUAGAUUCAGUUCGACUACAGGAGCCGGAAACUAUACUAGUGGUCAAAGACCGCCAAGUGGCAGUCCCCGUAUUGCUGGAGCAGCGCUAUUUCCACACUCUAGUCCUCGUGUUGGCGAUGCUGGCGCGCCGCCGCACACGAGUCCUACAGGUUCGAUGCGGAGUGGUGGUUCAGGCGGGACUGGCGCGCCAGAACGGAGACCACAAGUAGCUCAAAGUUCAGCCGCAAAUGACCGGCUUACUGGGCCAGGAAGUGUCGCAGCUAUUCGUGCAGCUCGGAUUGGGGGUGGUGGUGAUGCUGGUACUACAGAGGGAGGAGUCGGUGUCGAUCGGCCACCCUCUGGUGUAGCAGGUUCGAGCACUGCUGUUGUACGUGCUACUAGUGCAAAUCGUCAUUCUGGCGGUAGAGCUGCUUCGGCAUCUAGAAACGGAAAACGACAGAAGGCGGAAUCAGCGGAGAGGGGCGAAGAGAGAACUACAAGGCAUUUAGCAGCUAUCGAUGACGUCACUACAGUGAGGCCAGCCUCCUCUUCCAAAGUGAAAUCAAAACACAAGGAGGUUGAGGAAAACGCUGGAGAACUGUCAGACGAAGAGCUCAAAGAGUCUCUUGGGGGCUUUUACGCUCAGAAGAAUCGCGGAAACAACGCAGACGCCCAGGAGAGCGGUGAUGAAGAACAAGGCGAAGAUGAUGGUCGCGCGUCUCGAAGAAGAUCUAAAAGUAGAAGUGCAGGCUUAAAGAAAGGGCCUGGAUCACGGCCGCGUGCAGGAGAUGGUGCUACAACUUCUGCUAGUGGUAAUGCUAAUGCUGCAUCUUCUGGUGCUAAUGUUCCGUCAAAGGGGACACGAAGUUUCAAUUUGAAAGAACCCGUUGAUACUAACAAGGCAGUUGUGGUAGGAGCAGCCGCAGCAGCUGCAUCCAGGCAGCAUGGUCAUGGUGCUGGAAAUGAUACAUUUCCUAUUGGUGCCACGCCUGCUUCUGGCUUACCAUCAAGUCCAAUCGCUACGAUGCCAGUCGGAGGAUCAGGAAAGCAGGCUAGUAAGACAAUCAGACCUCCACUUCCUCCGGGAGUUGCUCCUCCACUUCCUCCUGGAGUUGCUCCUCCAGGAGAAAACUUUCCAGAUGAACAUCCUCCAGUGAUCAUGCCAAAAAAGCUAGGCACCAAUCCUCUCGGUCCUUUGAUGGAGGCCUUGGCUGACUCUAGUGCAGCCAGGAGGAAAAAGACGCGUGGUGGAGGUUUAGCGCAGCAGCUUUCUCCACUUACUAGUCAACGCGGGCACCAAGGUCUAGGUCGUAGUGGAAGUAAGAAUAACAACAUCUUCCAACAGGAGGAUCAACUAGACGCUAAUGGUAAAAAGGACCCUGAUCCUAAUGCCCCCCGUCGCACCCGACCAGGGUCGCGCGGACGUGGGGAAGAUACCGGAAAAGUUCGCAUGAUCUCCAUGAAGGAAAGCCUAAGACAACAAGAAGCGAUGUCUCCUGGACGUAAAACGACAGAUGAAUUGAUGGAGGAAGUCGUUGAGGCGGCGUCAAGGAACUCUAUGGCGCACAAGGACGCGAAGAUCAUGUUAAGGCUACUGCUCAAGCAUCCUCAGCUGUAUCAUGAUCCCUGGCCCCUUUUUGGCCCAGGGGAAAAGUGGCCCAGGGACGAUGUUGCUUUCAGGGAUGCUAACUCGGCAGCUGCUCUAAUCAUGCCAGCUAGAGCUUCGAUGACCAACGGCUUCCAAGCAGCUAACGCGUUUUCUCCCGAGAAAAGUAUAGGGCACGAGCACUUUUUCGCAAGCGACUACAGUGGAGGUGGCCUUCAUUCGCAUCAAGCCGAAACAGCAAAAGUUGCCAAAGCUAGACGUAGGAUGGAACAGCAGCAGCAUAAUCAAAGCUCUCAUUCUUCAGCUUCAGAAUCAGCGUCUGGCGCUGGGUCGUCUUCGGAGGAAGAGGAGGACGGAAAGCGCAAGGAGGCGAAGGAACUCCUCGCCACAUGGAGGAAGAUGCAAAAGGAGAAGCCUUUUCAGGUUGCGAAUUUGCGAUGGGGCGGAAAUCGUGGGAAGCAGUCGCAGGGGUAUAAAAAGUUGAUGGAGAAGAAUGAUUUUGCGACUAGAGCGAAAGCAGCUGCAGACUUAGAAAAUUCCAGGCUCGCGAUGGCAGGCAAUAUGCAUGCCAGCAGUUCUCUAGUGGAUAAACAUUGUGGGACGUCGUCAGCGUUGGGCAAAGCGGCCUUGUCGAUGCUGGCUGUUGAUGCCGCCUCAAAGGGGACCAACAUUCCUGCUGGCGUCAACGUUUCUCUGGUCGAGGCUAUUGCUUUGGGCGCAGAUCCAUUGCCGCAUCACAUGCUACCCAACGGAAAGCCCAAGAAGGGUCAUCACGCUGCACAGGGAAGUGCAACUCAUCAAAUUCUUGGUCCUGGAGGUACGUAUUGGAAACUCCAACGACGACCAUCGAGUGGGAUGAAGCAUGGCGGUAGGGGAUCGGGAGACAGACCACGAAGUUCUGGUGACUCACCGAUGGCACCUCCAAGGAAGAAAAAGAAGAAGAAACUGAGCAGCAAACAUCCUACAAGGCCGUUAGCGGACAUUCCAGAUUCUGACAUGGUGAUUCCUGUGGGGUUGACAGAUGCCGUUUCCCCUGGAGGGCAACUACAUUUUGGAGGUGGACCUGGAGAUGUUGAGAGUGCGGACGGAGGGGAAGAGGACGAAGGUGCUACAACAAUACCCGUGGAAGAAGCAGAAGUUGCAACUAAUAUGGCACCGAAUCAUCAUCAUCGUUCACCGAGUCAUCAUCGUGGCGAACGUCGUAGCUCGGGUUCUAGAGGUAGUUCACGGCCUGCCUCUGGCAACGACAACUCUGCAUCGCAUCGCAGAAAGGUGAGAGCGCCAUCAACGCCUCCACCGCUGUUCAGUAUGCCGAAUUGCGAAUUGAAUGAAGAUGGAUUGAUAACCUUUCCUGGUGGCGACAGCUCUGUUUUGUUUGAGCAGAAUCCGCAUUUGAGUGAAGCAGGACACGUAGUAGAUGCUGAGGAAGGGGAACGGCAAGACGGCGUCGAAGGAGGUGGUGGUGGCGGAAAAAAGAAGAAGCGGAAGGUAUCAAUCACAAUAUUUUUUUUGAUCUUGCAGCAGCUUCGUUCUAAUUCGUCAACAGAAGAUGGAUUACUUUCUUUCAUCACUAUCGCUCUCACAACAUGCAUAUCUCAACAUUUAAUCAUCCCAGAAUUCUAUGUCAACGACGUCUACCGCCACAACGACCGGCGAACGACAUCCGCUUGCGGCCUUAACCGCGAUGGUUCAGGAAGAGGCUUCGAAGCAGAAUCGGGACAGGGUGAAUGCUGCUGGUGUCCGUGGUCGCUUUUUUGACGCUUUCGGUAACGUGGUUGAGGGCCCACCAGAGCCCGUUGAUCCUAUGCAACGACGUCGAGAUUUGAUCUACCGCAGAGAAGGAGAGCCAGACUUGAGAAAGGUUUUAGGGCGCAAAAUGUCUCGUUCAUCGUUGGCGGCCAGUCUGGUAGUCCCGAAUGGUAGUGGCGCACACGCAGGCCUUGAGAAUCCCGAUGCGCCUGCUCCAUUGAGUCUAGAAGCCGCUGCAGAAGAAGUGGAAACGCGAUUAGAAGCAGGUGGAAAGGCUGCUAUGGAAAAACAACAGCAACAGCAUAAUAGUUCUAAGAAUUCUUCUGAGACUAGGAGAAGGAGGCGUAGUUCCGAAGGUCCAUUUCCAUUUGGUCCACCACUCGUGCCUCCGGAUGAUGGGAUCAUGCCGGGGGAUCAGCACUGGAUAUCAAACGCACAGAACAUGAUGAACGAACCAGGACCAGUGCAGCCACCAGUGAUGAAUCAUGCAGAGGAAGUGCAACAAGCUGGAACUAACCCAGUAGAUGCUCGCUCUCCUUCAAAACAAGACCAGGCAAAUCUCGGCAACAGUUUCCUUUUCUACGACGGCUCACCCCAAGCGCAGAGGCAGAUGGAGCAGCAAAUGACGCAGCAGCAGAUGCAAACCCAAUCGCUCGCAGGUCAGCCCAGCAUCGAGACGGUCCCUAGUAUUUUCGUAGUUCCUGACGAACGAUGGGAGCCUAAGAGUUCGAAGCUCCAGAAAAAAAUGGAGAAGAAGAAACGUGAGCGUCAGAAGAUCAAGAUGUUGGCGGAACAGGACGACGGGAAGAAAACUGCGUCUACCUCCAUGAGAAACUUCCGUUGUCAUUCAGGAAACGUCAAAACAGCGGAACACGAAGGUUUUUCUGCAGCUGUGUUUCCAGAUACGAAUGAGGCAGAAGGAAUAUUUGCUGAAGAAGGAGGAGAAGGAGGAAAUGCAGAUGUAGAUGAGUCUUCACCUACGAAAGAUGCAACAGGUUCUUCUUCUGGUAGAUCUUCUAAUAAGAAGAAAAACAGUAAAGUUUCUGCAGCUGGGAACAAGAAAUCCGUUAACAAGAAGAAUUCGCCCCCUUCUGUGGCAAUUUCCUCUGCACAUCCGCCAGCAAAACCACCAGAGUACUUGGACCAGGCUAUGGCUUACGGCCUAGACUUGUACCGGGUUUUGCGUGAUAGCACAAACGAUGAUCUUGGCUCUUGGUGUCUCUGCAAUCCUAUGGUUGCACAGAAUUCCCACAUCUAUUUGCUAGGGCAGCUCCACUACUCGAAAUGGGAUGCGGUGCAUAUGGCGAGGGUACUACUUAAUUUGAUUUCAAGUAAUCGAUAGUGCUGACUGAUUCUAAAGAUGUUACGAAUAUCGACGAAGUCGAAGUGUGGAGUAUCUAUCUUCAUUUCCCUGCUUUCUUUUCCAUCUCAUCUCUUUCCCUCGUCAGGUCUUCCGCCACCUUCAACCUCACAUUGUUGGCCUUGAGUCACCACUCGAUGGUCGGGAGACGUGGCGAGGCUUGGCAGAAGCCUUUAGACGUGAAAGUGGUAAGGAGGAUUGCGGUCUCCGGUUCCUGAACGACAUCGGUAAGAAAGCUCGUAAAGAAAGCAAAAAUGGUGGAAAGCAGAAUGUCGAUGGACAGAAGUCGGUAUCAUUUUUGGGUGAUGAAAUUUUCACUAGUAAGUUGUAUUACUAGUUUAAUAUACUUUAGUUUAUACUUGUUCCUACUAAUAUCAAGUUCGAGUUUUCCUUUUCUAAUUUGACUGCGUCACGGAGAUGAAGAAAACACUGAUCUUCAGAAGAAAACUCCAAGCCGCCCCACGUGCAUAGUUAGCCCGACACACCCUAGCUGGCGGCGACGUACUAUAGGCAACGCGCGACCUUGCAACCUCUAAUUAGAAGAUCUUAUACCCCGUGAGUGGGUACAUCUAUCUAUCUAUCUAUCUAUCUAUCUAUCUAUCUAAAGCUACUUAGACACAGGAUAGUCCGUUGCAAGGACGUCCAUAGCACAAAACACAGGAAGCGCAGAGGAAUCCGGACGCGUUCCCGGAGCGCGUUGCCCAGAGCGCAUCAAUACAAACAGACAAAUACUCAAUACAAACAAACAAAUCCACAUUUCCACCACCACAAAUUAUAGAUCGUCUCCAUCUGCAAUUCUUUCCCCGUCGCAAUGCCGAAACACCUUGCCGAUGAAAGCAGUGCGCGCAUUUUCCACAUUGACGGCGACCGACAACUAGCCCUGCAGGCUUGUUCCUUGCUAAAACAGCAGAGUAUGUCGCAUUAUUUGCGACUCGUGUGUGACCUUCCAGACGCCGAGAUUGACCGGUAUUGCGGAACCAAUGGAGCUCCAACUAUGUCAGCUGAGGAGAUUCAGAACGCUGUUGCAGAGCUAAGUUUCGAAGUUGUGCCAACACAUCGUUUAGCUUUCGUUCUACGCGAAGUAGCUUUGCGAACGGAGCCACAGAAAACUUCCGAUAUCAUUUUCCACCAGAGAGAGCGUGGAAUGGCUGCUACUCUAUGCGGCUUCGAAGGCCGCAUCCUGGCAGUCGUCGGCUGCCAGCAUAUUCCUGGAUUGGUGCAAGAGUUGCGUAACUUUGGCUACAAGGGAGGGGGAGCAACAACUGGUGGGUAG